AUGGUGGCUCUGCACCCGACCUCACCAGCCAGCUCGCCGUCCACGCGCUGUCGAUACAAGACGGGCCGCUGCCCAAACACGCGCGCAGUCAAAGCGAACGGCACGCUGCUGCUGCUCUGCGAGUACCAUCGCAACCAGCAGAACCGCACCAAGAAGCGCAGCGACAUGAAGUGCCGUCACGACCGCGCCAAGAAGCGUCAGGCGCAACGCGAGAAGAUGCAGAAGAAGCAUCAACACCAGGUCGUGACUCAAGAACGCACCCACGGGUUGUCUUGGUCUCCACUCGCUGCAAUCGUCGCACCGCGGAUUGAUGAGUACGAGAGCAUGUCGAUCUUCGCGAGUCCAUCGUCGGUGGGAGAAGACCAGGAGAAGACUCACGAAUCCACCAGCCCCACGGCCGUCGACUUAGACGUGUCGUCCGUGAACUGGUUCCCGCGGUGUUUGUCCCCAAUGUCCCCGAUUACGACUCCACCGUCGAUGCGUUUGCAAGAGAGUGCCGGUAGCUUGGAGCCCGAGGACAUUUGGCUACUCGAGUACUUCAUCCUCUGA